AAAAACUGAAGUCUGCAGUUGAUGAAGCAUUAAAGAAUAAACAAGAAACUGAAAUAACAUGCCAACACAAGAUAUCUGAAAUGGUUACUUUAAUGGAAAAGCAUAAGAACCAGUAUGACAAAAAUGUGGAAGAAAAAGAAGCUGAACUUCAUCAGAAGAAAAAGAAAGAGAUAGAAUUGAUCGCUGCUAAAACAUCCCUGGAACAGCAGCUUUCCAAGUUGAAAGUGGAGUUUUCAAAUUUAAAGCAACAGCUCAACAGUGAAAUGAAGGAGAAGAAAACAGAUCCCCAAGAUUUGAAUUCCACUGCUAGUACCAGCACAAAAGAAACUCCUUCUCAAAAAUCUGCCAAAAACAGUGUGUCUGAAAUAUUGAGAAAGGCAGAAAUAAAAUAUUCAUCGACAAAACAUCUAUCUUGGACACCAGUGAAAAAAGUUAAAAACCUGUCCACUCCAGACAUUAAGAAUUUUCCUAGAGAGAUAGAUUCAUUCAAGAGCCUGUAUUCAAGUGAUGCUCAUGCACUUCAUCUUUGUGGAGAAGAAUUCAAGAUGGUAAGUUUUUAUUAUAUUAAACUAUUUUUAAAUACAAUUACUUACUAA